CAGCCCGCCAAGAUGCCAAAAGGGAAGAAGGCCAAGGGGAAGAAGGUGGCUCCAGCCCCUGCUGUAGUAAAGAAGCAGGAGGCCAAGAAAGUGGUCAAUCCUUUGUUUGAGAAGCGGCCCAAGAACUUUGGCAUUGGUCAGGACAUCCAGCCCAAAAGGGACCUUACUCGUUUUGUCAAAUGGCCUCGGUACAUCAGACUGCAGCGUCAAAGGUCUAUCCUUUAUAAGCGUUCGAAAGUUCCACCGGCAAUUAACCAGUUCACCCAGGCUUUGGAUCGUCAGACAGCUACUCAGCUGCUGAAACUGGCUCAUAAGUAUAGACCUGAGACAAAGCAAAAUAAGAAGCAAAAGCUUCUGGCUCGGGCUGAACAAAAGGCUGCAGGCAAAGGAGAUGUCCCCACUAAGAGACCACCUGUCCUGAGAGCAGGUGUUAACACUGUUACUACCCUGGUAGAAAACAAGAAAGCACAGUUGGUAGCGAUUGCACAUGACGUGGACCCCAUUGAGCUAGUGGUCUUCCUACCUGCCUUGUGCCGAAAAAUGGGGGUUCCUUAUUGUAUUAUCAAAGGUAAAGCCAGACUGGGUCACUUAGUUCACAGAAAUACCUGCACAAGCAUUGCCUUCACACAGGUUAAUCCUGAAGAUAAGGGAGCCCUGGCUAAGCUGGUAGAAGCCAUCAAAACCAAUUACAAUGACAGAUAUGAUGAGAUCCGUCGUCACUGGGGUGGCAAUGUUCUGGGUCCAAAAUCGGUGGCUCGUAUUGCCAAGCUGGAAAAGGCAAAAGCUAAGGAACUUGCAACCAAAUUGGGUUAAAUGUAUAUUUGAUUUUUCCCUACAUAAAAAUAAAAAUUUAAACAAAA